AUGUCGCAGAAGCGGAGGCACCACGAAGCGGCCAGCGGAGACAGCGUCGCAGAAAAUCCCAAGAAGCAGCGGCCAAACUUCGAACCUCGCCGAAAACAGCUCAACUCGCGCGGACAAAAGCGUGGUUACAAUCAAUCGAAUGCUUCGCACGACGAACCCAAGGCUGACUCAACGAGCGCCCUCAAAAGCCGUAUUCGCGACCUCAGACGCUUGCUAGACCAUGUCGACAAGGACCUGAAGCACAAAAUGCCCGCCGGUGUGCGCAUCGAGCGCGAACGGGAGCUUGCAACCUGUGAGCAUGAGCUCGCGGAGAAGCAGGCUGCCGAGCGAGAAGCGGAGUUCAGGAACAAGAUAAUCGGCAAAUACCACCAUAUACGGUUCUUCGAAAGGCAGAAAGCGUCGAGAGUCGUGAAGCGCCUCAACAAACAGCUUUCCUCAGUGGAAGACUCGCCUGAGCGCGAGGACUUACUCCGCAAGAUUCACAAUGCAGAGGUAGACGUCAGCUACACCUUGUACUAUCCUCUCCUGAAACCGUACGUCUCGUUGUAUCCGAGGCAGAAGACAGAGCAGAGUACAUCUACAGAUCCACCGGCGAACGGGAAGACGAAUCAGCAAAGUGCCGAACCAAUUGACGGGCCCAAGGGCAAUAUAGAGAUAUGGAGGGCGGUGGAACAAGCAAUGGAAGACGGGACACUGGAGACGCUCCGAGAGAGUAAGGAGGGAGUCACAAUCCCGGGACCGAAGGACGAGAUAUGGAAGGGCAGGAUCACGAAAAAGGAUCACAAGAAGCUGCAGAUCAAAGACACUAAAGCUGCAGCGCCCAAGGAGGAGGUUGAAGAGAGCGAUGGCGGUUUCUUCGAGUGAGACCACAGCAGCAAACCUACCGGUCCCGGCCGACCCCGGGAAACCGAACCCCCGCUACGAAACACUUGCGUGAAACUCAGGGGCUAGGGAGGCUCCGUUCUGCUGGGCUCUCGACCAGGCGCCCGCCCAAGGCAAACCUAGAUAGAGGGAUCAGAAUGACAGUGGCACUGAGCCGGGCUCGUGGUCCUCCUGUCGGGGAUGACCGCUACCGCGGAAGAGGGCAAUGAACUGGGAGCUAGAUCGUCGCCGAUCCUCCCAAGGAAAUAGACUACAUGGACAGUGCUGUCCUAGGGUAGACCUUCAGGGCCGCAUGCUAAGGGCCUUCACAGAGCUCAUUUAAAACACGCGGGUUCUGGAAGGAAUGCACACAUACUUGGUCUGAAC